ACAUGCAGCCCUUGCCARAUGAUGAGGAGUGGGUGCGCCCCCUUCAACCCUCCCUCUSGCAUGGGGGUCGACACAGACCUCCUACGAGUCCGGAGGCAGAUCRGGUGAUCGUGGCAGUGGGAUGGGUCCGAUGUCCACCUUGUUGACGGAAGCGCGGGGGGCGGGAGGUGAUCCUUUGCAACUGCACUUGUCGUSGGCGKGCACGAUGGAUGUUUCAAGAACCGUUCUCGUGGAGCACAGCAGUCGGUCACARGGCGGUGUGUCGGUGACAAUGCAGGAUGCCYGAGAAGACGGRCURGAGACACARCAGCYGCCGAGGUCAUCGUCCGCAUGCAUGAGCAGCCAUAGCCGACCGYCGGCGUUCUCGACUCMUGUCAGCAAUGGGGCUCCCCACACUGUCMUGAAUGGAAGAGUGACGACGGCGACUGCGGCAGAGUCCCCACGAGUGAUAGAGAGGAUCAUAGCGCGGUACUCCAGAAUGCGUACGGACGUCCAACGCGASGAUGGAGGUGACGCGAAYGCUGACGGUGAGGAUGUGGCGGAGGACUGYAUGGAUGGCGACGAUGAGAGCGAGGAGGAUGACGAGCCUGCUGUGAAGGAAGUCACAUCAAAGGGAGGGAAGAAGAAGGCAAGCAAGAGUCGUGGGAGGUCGAAGGCGAGGGAGGAAGGGGGGGAUGCGGAUGGCGACAGUGGGGUAGGGAGCACGCAGAAGCACUGGCAUUUGGACGAAUCGCUCGUCCUCGUGCGGUGCAAGAGGGACCUGGUCCCUGGACGAUUAUAUGGCGAGCCAGGGCAGCAACUUCGCGCGGACGAAGACGAAGACAUGGAAGUGGAACGAGAUAGCGAAGCGGAUGGCCCAGCAGGGGGUAACGAAUUGAGAUGGGGAUUCGUGCAUGAAGAGAUGAGAAAACAUUUUCGGGUGGCGGAUGACCAAGCAAGAGGGCCGACUGUCGUGGGAGAAACGUCUGCGAGUGACAACAUGGACAGCGCAGCGGGGGAUGGGUAUGGCAGCAAAUCUUCUGGGGACACGCUUGCAGGGAAGCGGAAGAAUGGGUGGCAGCUGGCCUUCGAUGCUGUCACGGACAUGAUGAAGACACAUUCGACAGACGUGGCGGAAUCUGUGGAUCGUGCUAGCAAGCGUCAAUGUGAUGUGUUGCAACGACAAUGCGAUAUCAUGGAGAGGGAGGCGAGGACGCAGGAGAAACAGUGCGAGGUGCUUGACACGGGUCAGCGCAUGUUGUGCGAUGCAUUGCUGAAGAUAGUAUCAGCGCUGUCUCAUAGUUGAAAUCCACAAGCCCCAAAGCCCUUUCGCCAGUCGUGUCAAACGUGGCGAUGGGGUACGUCGGCCACCUCCGC